AUGGCUCCCCUCCCCUGCCUGGCAGGUUCUGCCAACCCGGUUGCCCCCCCUCGAACGCCUCCUUUGCAACGCAUCGGGUUCCAUGCCAACUCCACCAAAACCCGCCCUAUUACCCUACGAUGUGUUACUGUACCAGCAUGCCGCAAUGCAUCAGCGCCGGCCUGGUCCAAGUGCUGCGCGGCCGUCCCUAGCAUGCCGUUCCUUCGCCCGGUCUAUAAUUACAAAAUUACGAACUGGGCCAACGGUGACUGCUCCGUCUUUGCUACCGGCACUACAAGCCAAGGCAGUGAUCGGCAGACGGGCUGCACCGCUGGAUACUCCGCUCGCUCAUCCCAUCCACCAUCCACCUGCCAAGCUACGGACCUUCCUAGGUUCCCCGCAUCUGGGGGCCAUCGCCAUCUGUUUUUCGUCAAAUCAAAUUACAUCCUGGCCCCGGCGGCUUUGACCUGGGCAGAGAUUAACUGCGCGUGCCCUCCUCUCCCUAACCCUUCACCCCUUCGUCCUCACCGACAGCAGAGCAGUGCGAUUUUGGCAUGGCAUCCAGUGGGGAAGUCUUUCCUGGGGUCAGCCCUCAAUUUCAUUUUCCAAAGUACGGACGUAGCACAGAUUGGGUCUCGGCGUCUCGGCAUGCCACGCGCCGUCAUGGACAAGACGGAAUGGGGCCGGGGAAGCGACCAGCCCCUGCUCGCUAUCCAACCCACAUCUGUUAUUGCCACCGCUCCACCGUCACCCGCGGCCCUACUACGUGCGUAGUACCGGCUGUCUACGUUGUUGGAUCCAGCGCUCUCGAGUUCCAAGCUGUCAAAAAGGCUUGAUGUUGGUCGACACCGGCUACGCAACAAUGGGUCGAGUCAAAGCGCGCGCGCUGGCGUCCGUUCCGCGACGGGCACACUGCACUGACGAUAGAGGGAUUUCUCUCCCCGCCGCCCCCCCACUCUGACGGGCCCUCGAGUAAACACGUUUCGGUCCUGCUCAGGCACCGGGCUGUAUUCGUACAUGCGCAGUAUUAUUGACUAGCACGUAGACAGAAAAAAGUGCUGCUGACGAGCUACUACGUCAAGUCAGACAUCAACGGGGUGAAACACUUCAUCGCACUGACUGCUGUCAGUAACGGGUUUCGGUUUCAAUGUCUCGCGUCGUGCCCUCACCGUCGCCUGAAGCAGCGGCCAGUUUUGAAGUUUCG